CCUGGACCACCACACAGCGCUCUAUGGGGUCAUCUCAAGGUCUUGGGCGAGGUCGCUGCGACGAUCCCCCAGAACUCGCACCCUCAGGCAUACUACACGGAAAUUGCCCGAAAGUAUAACCUUGAAGGCAUAUUUUACCUCGAUUUAUGGCCAAUUGCGGAUUCGAGUGUUGUCUUGACAGACCCAACGCUUAUGGAAGAGGUCACAGUUCGAAACCCUCUGAAGCAGCACACAAUGUCUGAAGCCUUUUUAUCACCCAUCAUCGGCCCUAAUGUCAUCGCAACUGUCAAUGGCCCUGUCUGGAAGAGGCUGCACAAUGCCAUGGCUCCAGCAUUCUCAUGGUCUCAUAUACGCACUCUAACUGCCGUCAUGGUUGAUGAGUGCUCCUUGUACCGUGCCGCCCUUACGAAAUAUGCCAGAUCUGGUGAAGUCUUCUCCGUCGAGGAGUUAUCUGCAAGGCUCAUCUUUGACGUCAUUGGCCGUGUCGUCUUCAACUUUCGUCUUCAUGCUCAGACAGCUGACAGCCCAUACUUGAAUGAUCUUAGGGAGUUAGUUGAUCUCGCCCACGGCCAAACAGACCUAGCUGCAAGCUACAACCCUAUCACACGAGUAGCAAAGUGGUGGAAGAAGCGCAAGGUCUUGGGUAGACUUCAUCCUCUGAUCCUCGGCAAAAUUCAGGACAGACUAGACUUAUUGUUGAAUGAGGGUAUCAUGCCGUCUAGAAAGGACCCGAGCAGCAUUCUAGAUCUGAUGCUCCGAGAACAUAUAUUGCAAUCUGAAGCGAGUGGCAUAGUAAACACAAAAUCGCAAAUAAGUCUAUCACGCUAUUUGUACAGCAUUAAGGGAUUGCUUCUUGGUGGCCAUGGCACCACUACUGACAGCUUAUGCUACAUUCUCAUGUUAUUGUCGCGGGCUCCAACGGCGCUUUAUAAAAUGCGACAGGAGCACAAUGAUGUUUUCGGCAAAGACUUUGAUGGCACAGUAGAAUCGUUACUAGAUGCACCAGCAAAACUUCAAGACCUUCCAUACACAGACGCCAUCAUCAAGGAAUCCCUACGCUUGUUCCCAGUGGGCUUUACAGUCAGGGAGGCAGAUACCGGUGCCAAGCUUACGGUCCAAGGUAAGAGCUACCCAAUCGAUCGGCAUCAGGGCGUUGUCUUGAAUGGCCACGACCUCCACUACAACUCAGACUUCUUCCCGAACCAUAUGGAGUUCCGCCCCGAGCGCUGGCUAGAUUCAGAAGGUGGAGUUCCACGGUCUCAUUUCAGGACUUUCGGUCGUGGACCCCGCGCAUGUCUGGGACAGAACCUCGCCAUGAAUGAGCUCAAGGUCAUUUUGCUUAUGAUCGUUCGUGACUUUGAGUUUGAGUGUGCUGGUCUCGAGCCGAAUGCCAAACCUAAGACAUUGUAUACAAACCUAGAUACAGUAUUCGGGGAUAUUAUAUUUCAGGAAUUGGGAAUCGAGGCAAGGCCAAGAGGGGGAAUGAUGAUGACGGUCAAGAGGAAUUAUUAA